GGCUAUAUUGUCCUCGCCCCUGGCAGCCUAAGGUUCCACCCCCCUCUUCAUUCACAAUGGUCAUGUGAUGUGCACUUUCAGAGUACAACAGCUUUGUGAGAGCUCCCCAUUCAUUUCCUCCUGAGUAGCCUUUGAAGGAGGAGGGAAAAGACAGAGCGAGCGAGCAAGAGCGAGAGAGAGAGAGUGAGAGAGAGAGUGAGAGACAAGAGUCUGACCAGACAAGAAAACAAGACAGAGAGCUAAAAGGACGCAAUAAGGAUAUCACUUCUUUAUCUCACGUUCCGAGACUUCAAACAAGCUAGCAGCAUGAUAACGCUUGCUGGAUGAAAAAAAAUAUGGUGAGACUAAAGGAGACAAGUUUUCAGAAGGUCUAGCGAAACUGGAGGUGUCACUAAAGGAUGUUGAUGCUGGACGGGAUGCCUGUCCUGCGAGUCAGAGCAGAGCCCGUGCAGAUGCAGCGGAGGUCUCCUGAGAUCCGUCGCUACGCAGACAUGGGAGUGUUGGUGAUGGAAAGAAGGUUUCGGACUCAUUCUCCUGAAAAACGCUUUCCGUCAGACCUGUUCCAGAUGCAGACUGAGCCUGUAGACCUUUCCACCAACAGAUCCCGCUCUUCACCAUCAUCAUCAUCGUCGUCGUCGUCGUCAUCAUCAUCAUCAUCAUCACCCUCUUCAUCUUUGCUGCGUUUUUCGCCACGUUCCCCUCCAGUGUCCUCCACCAGGUCUCCUUCAUCCUCUUCUUCAUCAUCAGCAUCAUCAUUAUCUUCAUCAUCAUCAUUAUCGCUGCCUUCGUCCUCGCCUCCGUCGGUCAUAACUCCCGUGCCACGGUUAAAGAUGUCUCCAUCAAGGGUGACGUCUCCUCCCUCCAUCACUCGCAGGGGGCAGCCAUUCCUGCACAUACCCCAGGUCAUGCCUCCUUGCCCUAGCCCCAUCCACAUACACUCCCGUAGAGUCCCUGUGGUGGUACAGCCCAUGUCAAUGGUCUACGCCGGGGUCGGUUCUUUGGGACCUGGUGGUCUCAUGGCCCCCAUGCUGGAAGAGAGCAGGAUACAUAGAAAAGUCACACACAGAGUACAAGAUGGACCGUCUCCACGGCGAUCUUUGAGUGACAGCGAGGAUGAUGACCUGCCCAAUGUGACGCUGGACAGCGUGAACGAGACCGGCUCUACCGCCCUGACCAUCGCCCGUGCUGUACAGGACUCCAUGUUACCGUUUAGCAUCGAGAGCAUGCGAAGGUCGAGACGACCCGAGUCUCCUGACACCAAGAGGAGACGCAUCCACCGCUGUGAGUUUGAGGGAUGCAGUAAAGUUUACACCAAGAGCUCUCACCUCAAAGCCCACAGGAGGACACACACUGGUGAGAAGCCAUAUAAGUGCACGUGGGAUGGCUGCGCGUGGAAAUUUGCACGCUCUGAUGAGCUCACACGUCACUACCGCAAGCACACCGGCGUCAAGCCGUUCAAGUGCGGCGACUGCGAGCGCAGCUUCUCCCGCUCGGAUCACCUGGCACUCCACCGCCGCCGCCAUGCACUGGUGUGAGGACACACACACACACACACACACACACACACACACACACACACACACACACACACACACACACACACACACACACACACACACACACACACAGAGCGGUUUUGGGAGGAUGUGGCCCGGGAGAGGCUGGACCUUUCCCUACCUGUGCUCAUGGUAUUAGAAGUCUAGUCCUGGAUGAAGAGUAAGGAGUUAUGAUCAGUAUUUAACCGUUUAUAUCCUCAAGAAUACAUUUAUACAUGUGUAUAUAUCUAUCUGUAAGGAGCUGAUCAUACUGAUCAUACUCCAAAAUAUUACAAAGACUGAGAGAGAGAGAGAGAGAGAGAGAGAGAGAGAGAGAGAGAGAGAGAGAGAGAGAGAGAGAGAGAGAAUACCAGCGCAUAUUGCAGGGCAUGUCACGUCGAUCAUAUUCAGCAUUUCUAUGUUAUUUCAUUGCAAUUUUAAAACCCACUUUGAGACUAUUACACCAGUAUAUUUUAGCCAGUCAGAAACCCUGAUGUAACUCGCUGUAUGUUUUUUCCCCCCAUCUGACUGUCAGUCGUGAACUGUGAAGAAAAAAAAAAAAAAAAAAAAUCACAUAAUUUCUUCAAACUGUUGAUUCGAUUUGUUUCUCACCUCCGUAUGAGGAGCGGAUGACGUAAUUCGAUGGGGAUUUUACUAAAAAUAAAAAACACACACACAGAUGGAUAAUUAACAGGGUAUAAAUCUCAAUGUGAACAAGAAGAAAAACGCUAUUUCAUCUACUAAAUUAAUAUCAUUUUCUUAAUAAUAAUAAUCAUUAAAAAAAAAAUAGAUAGAUAGAUAAAUAAAUAGAUAAAUAAAUAAAUAGAUAAAUAACGGUCAGUGAUUUAUUUCCUGAUGGGGAAAAAAAUGAAACUUUGCACAGCUUUGAUAUGGAGUGAGUGUUCACAGAGAUUAGUCAAAAGUUCAUAACAAUCCUAUUAUUAUUAUUAUUAUUAUUAUUAUUAUUAUUAUUAUUAUUAUUAUUAUUAUUAUUAUUAUUGAGUCCAUGUACUGUGUUGCUACAGUGAGAGAGAGAGAGAGAGAGAGAGAGAGAGAGAGAGAGAGAGAGAGAGAGAGAUUCAUUUUCAUUUAAACUGCAUAAUUUGUGCACAAACAUAGUGUAGCAGAUGUCUGUACAUUUAAAAGAAAAAAAAGAAAAAAAAUCUUAAGCUCCUUAUGUGCAUUUUAAGUCAUGUCAUGUAUUUGUUCAGUAUUUUUAUUGCACCCUUUUUUUGAACGUAUGUGACGUCACCAUUUAUAUAUAAGUGUUGUUUAUAUUGAAGCCCGAUGAUGGCCGGUCAGAAGCAUCAUCUGGGACCUUCCUUUAACCUUUAAUCCUGUUUCUCAAUUAUGUAUUUGUAAAUGAUGUUAUUGUAUACAUUUCCUUUUUUAUAUGGAUUGACUGUGAAUUUAUACAUAAAUAUAUAAAUAUAUAUAUAAAUAUAUGUUUAAUGGAUCAAAUGAAGGCAUGAAUAAAGUCACUUAACACUUUAAUUCCA